AUGGCAAGUGAUCUGCAGAACCUCGGAAAUAAUGCUGUAGUUGUAUUUGGAAAAGUUACAGAAAAUUCUGGAUCUGCCUAUAAUGGUAAAACAGGAAAAUUCACGGCGCCUAAGGAUGGAAUUUACUCAUUUUCAUGGAGCAUUCUAACAAGACCUGGAAAGAUAUUUGUCACUUAUAUUGUUCUCAAUGAAACUAGCAAUGUCGUGGGAUACAACUUUGUCGACGGAAGGAGUGGGGGUCAAAUUUAUUCAACAGGAUCCACCACAACAGUUAUAAAAAUGGAGAAGAAUGACAAGGUCUGGAUAAGAACAAAUGGAAAAGAAGGGGAAUUCGCUUAUGGUAAUUGGUCCUCGUUUUCUGGUUUUAAAUUGUCAUGA